GUGCAGGUGGUAAGGCACAAGUUGAAUAAAAUGGUCAAAGGACACGCCCUCAAGGAAAAAAUGUUACAUAGAAGACCCCCCUCAAAAUGCAGUCCUGUGUAUGAUGUUUCAUUUUUGGUCACAACUUGUGAAUCACUCUGUAUGUCUACAUCACUUUGUAAUAUUAUUUCUAUCUAUUUGCUACCUAAUCAUAUUUAAGUUCCUCAUAUUUUGUAGUACUUGGUUCAAAUUGACACAAUCAGGGUACAUUUUCUCCAGACUCCAGACUGUGGUGUUGUCAAUUUCCCACAGAAAAUCUUUAUAGGGUUUCAGACAUUGUUUCGUGUUACUGCACGAAAAAAAACGAGAUAGAAGAAGAAAAUGUAUAUAUGAAAUAGUUUUCAAUUACACAACGCACAUCCAAUAGGCUUACGACGCGAAUCCGCGCUUCGCUUGUGCAGCGCCUAAAAUCGUUUAGCCGCUACCGUGCGCGCGGCGCGAGGCAGGUCGCAGCGAACGUGUUAAACAACUGUUCUCCCUUAUGAAGUUGCAUUAUAAAAAGACUGGCAGUACACUAACAUAGAUAAUAAAAUUGUUAUU